AACAGCUUUCAGCCAAGCUUCUUGGCCAAGGGUGACUAUGUUAUUGGAGGCAUCUUCCCACUUCACUAUAACCAGGAGAUGCCAGACCUCAACUGCACCUACAAGCCACUUCCAGUGAAGUGCAAUGGCUUUGAUCCCAGGGCUUUCCGCUGGGUCCAGACUAUGAGGCUGGCAGUGGAGGAGAUAAAUCAGAGUGCAGACCUGUUGCCAAAUUACACCCUUGGGUACAAAAUCUUUGAUUCAUGUGCAUAUCCACUGACCGGCCAGAGGGCUGCUGUGGCUGUGUUGAACGGGGUGAGCGAGGAUGACUUCCCCAUGUGCCAAGGGGCCUCUCCGCUCCUAGCUGUGAUUGGGGAAUCGGGUUCUGCUCAGUCUAUUGUGGUGUCAAGAAUCCUACAGCCAUUCAGAAUCCCAAUGAUCAGCUACUUUUCUUCAUGUGCAUGUUUCACUGACAGAAUACAAUAUCCCACCUUCUUCAGAGUAAUUCCUAAUGAUGACUAUCAGGUGAAAGCCAUUGCUCAGCUUCUGGUACGCUUCAACUGGACUUGGGUGGGGCUGGUGCGAGGGGACCAUGAGUACGGGCGAUUUGCUGUGCAAGGUUUACUGAGAGAACUACAGGAUACCAAAGUGUGUGUGGCGUACCAAGAAAUGAUCCCUCUGCUGUACAAUCAUCAGAGGGCUCUGGAGAUCAUGGAGGUGAUGCGUACCUCUUCGGCAAAAGUGGUGGUGGUAUUUUCAGCUGAGGGGGAGAUGACACCUUUUUUGAGGGACUACAUGACACAGAACAUCACUGGAAUCCAGUGGGUGGCAAGUGAGGCCUGGGUCACAGCAUCUGUCUUUACAGGCAGCGAGUUUUACCCCUACCUGGGGGGCACAAUUGGGUUUGGCAUCCGAAAAGGUCAUAUCCCUAGACUCAAUCUCUACCUGCAGGAAGUCAACCCUAAGAUGUAUCCAAAUAAUAUGCUGGUUAAGGAGCUGUGGGAGGCCCUGUAUGGUUGCAAUCCUUCUCUGUCGACUGGCUCCCAGUUGCCUCCAUGCUCAGGGCAGGAGUCCCUGUUGGAGCAGCAUUCAGCCUACAUGAAUACAUCCAGCCCUAGGGUGGCCUAUAAUGUCUAUAAAGCUGUCUAUGCAGUUGCUCAUUCCCUGCACAACCUUCUUCUCUGUAAACCAGGCUUUGGCCCUUUCCAAAACAACUCAUGUGCUCAAAGCAACAACAUACACCCCUGGCAGCUCCAGUACUACCUCCAGGAAGUGAAAUUUAACAUUGCAGAGGAGGAGGUAAACUUUGACCUGAAGGGAGACUCCAUACCAUAUUAUGAUAUCCUCAACUGGCAGAGAGGCACCGGCGGGACCAUUGAAUUUGUCAACGUGGGGUUGUUUGAUGGAACCAAGCCUGCCGGAGAGGAGCUGGUGGUCCAGGAGGACAGGAUAAUGUGGGCAGGGCAUAAGAGUGAGGUGCCAGUGUCUAUAUGCAGUGCCAGCUGCCUUUCAGGGUCCCGGAAGGCUGUCCGUCGUGGGGAGCCUGUUUGCUGCUUUGACUGUGUACCAUGUGACAGUGGCAAAAUUAGCAAUCAGACAAAUUCAAUAGAGUGCACACUUUGUCCUGAGGACUUCUGGUCAAACAACGACAGAACAGCAUGCAUCCCAAAAGAGGUGGAGUUCUUAGCCUAUGAUUCCUUGGGUAUAGCCCUGACAGUGAUCUCUGUGGUGGGUGCUUGCCUCACCAUAGCUGUAUUUGCAGUCUUUUUCUAUCAUAGAAACACAGUCAUCGUCCGUGUGAAUAACUCUGAACUCAGCUUUUUCAUCCUCUUUGCUCUGACUCUAUGUUUCCUGUGUUCCCUGGUGUUCAUUGGAGAGCCGACAUUUUGGUCCUGCAUGCUGCGCCACACUGCCUUUAGCAUCACAUUUUCACUUUGCAUCUCCUGCAUCCUGGGGAAGACCCUGGUGGUGUUGGCUGCUUUCACUGCCACCAGGCCAGGGGACAACAUCAUGAAGUGGCUGGGGCCCAAACAGCAGAGAGCCAUUAUCUUCAUUAGCACUCUAAUUCAGGUGGCUAUCUGUGCUGCCUGGCUCAUUGAUGCUCCCCCUGUUCCAUCCCGAAAUACACAAUAUGAACGCUCAAAGAUCAUACUGGAGUGCAGUGUGGGCUCCAGCAUUGCAUUCUGGUGUGUUCUGGGAUAUAUUGGUCUACAGGCCUGUCUGUGCUUUGUACUGGCUUUUCUCGCCCGUACGUUGCCUGGCAAUUUCAAUGAGGCCAAGUUCAUCACUUUCAGCAUGCUUAUCUUCUGUGCUGUCUGGCUAUCUUUUAUCCCUGCCUAUAUCAGCUCUCCUGGAUAUUAUGCAGAUGCAGUGGAGUCAUUUGCCAUUCUGGCUUCCAGUUUUGGCUUGUUGUUCUGCCUGUUUGCUCCAAAAUGUUACAUUAUAUUAUUGAAGCCAGAAAAGAAUACAAGACAGCACCUAAUGGGAAAAGAAAAGAAGUGA